AUGGCUCUUCCGCUCAAGGUAAAAGUCUCUCUCCGAGACAGCUGGGAAAACAAAGAAGCUCCCGUCCACCGUUCCCUCGCCCGCCUCGAGGGCAUCAUCGGCUACAAGGCCUCUCUCGAUCCAGACUGGCCCGUCUUGCACGCCGCCCUCGGAGGAUACUACUCCGACAAGGCCAACUUCGUCCCCGCCACUGCCGGCUGCGUCAGUGCCUGGUGCGACGCCUUCUCUCAGCUCCUCGAGGACCCCAGCCACGAGGCAUGGACCGAGGCCGUCCUCGAGAAGCUCACUGAGGCGGGGUCGAGACUCAAGUUGAUUCUCGAGGUUUCUCGAGACGAGAAUGUUUCAACCUCCUGGAAUAAGGAGCGCGGAGCCUUCAUCAUCACCUUGCCCAACAGCCGUGUGACAAAUCCCCUCGCCAACACCCCCGUCUUCCAGGCUCACCUGCUCUCCGCCAUCCAGGACGAUGAACCCGUCCGCACAGUCCCCAUCUUCGAUUCCGCCGGCGGUGCGGGAGACGAUUGGGCUGCUGUCGAGGUCGCUCCUACUGCCCAGAACUUCUCGGCUGGGCCUAUCCCCACUGCGGGACCCUCUACCAGCGCUCCGCGCGCCAGCGUGGAAUACUUUCCCGACAUCAAUACCCUUCCUCGCCCCGAUGACCUCCUUCAGCGCCCCCUUACCACCUCAUAA